AUGGCCGGUAGACCAAAGUUUUUAUCAGUGCUUCGCCGGGUCGGUUUUUCCCUGAGUAACGGUAACUUUCCAUCGCUUAAUUUUAAACCUCUGCAAGUCAAGUGUUUCGAAUCUAUACUGCAAGGCCAGGAUGUCAUUGGAGUCUUACCAACUGGAUUUGGCAAGUCGAUGCUAUUUCACCUUCUGCCCCAUUUCAUUCCUGUGAAGAAAACCAAGAAUAUAGUUAUUGUGGUAUGUCCUUUGAAUUCCAUCAUCGAGGACCAGCUGAAAGUUUUAAAAGCUCGGGGGAUAACUGCUGAUGUCUUACAGCUUGCUGUAAACAUGAACGAACCGGCCGAGAACUUAUUUGAAAAGGAGCAAGAAUCCAGUGAACACGUGGCCAAGGAAUCCCCAAAGCUUCCUCCAGACGUAGUAAAUGGCAACACGUCCAUUGUAUUUGCCCAUCCAGAGGCUCUGUUAAGUAAGGAAGGACGAGAGUUAAUGGGGAGCAAAAUUUUCCAAGAGAAUGUUGUUGCUUGUGUUGUUGAUGAGGCUCACUGUGUAGAAUUAUGGUAAGUGCGUGAAAUGAUGUUUACUAUAAUACUUGUUUUGAGCGCUUGUCUUGAAAAACAAGAGAUUAUCGCUGCAACGAGCGGUAUUUACGGUGCGACUAGAAUUUCACACAAAUCUGCUCUAUACCUUGCUUAUAGACCGUGGCAAAUGUUACCCUAGAAUGUGAACUACAGCUGACUACAGACCUUGUCACCUUUUUAACAUGAAGCCGCGCGUGAGAAAUUACAGUCUUCGUAUGAGAAUCUAAUGUCGAAUAAUCUCCGUAAAACGGCUGUUCGGAAAAAAAAAAUAUGAGCUGUAAACGAAAGCGUCACUCCAAAGGAUGCUACUGAAAAAAAUUGAGGGCAUUACAUGCAGCUACAUGCUCUUGAUGAACCACUUGCAAUGCAUGUAUUAAUCUUUAUUGAUAGUCGAAAUAAAUCCACACUUCCCCUGUUAUCAAUUAAGCUUAUACAUGUAUUACUGUCCUUGAAAUGCUCACAAGCAAAGAACGAGCGUGGUUAGAUCCAUGCAUAACCUAAAGAAUGGGGCUGUGUAGAAAUAUUGCCAUUGUAAUGUCACACAUGUAGUAGCCCAAAAAAUCAAAUGCGUUUAUUUAGUGCUAUAUUACUUGAACAUCAUCCAUAGUCUCCAUGCUUUUACAACUGAAUCAUAAUUUAUGAAAUACAAAACAUACUACCAAAAAAUGCCUACUAUAAAAGAAAAUUUGUGUUUAUUACUGGGCUUGUUUUUUAACUUUAAUGUAAGUUAACAACUCAGGGUUUUCUUGUCUUUUUCAUUCAGGGGUGAAGAAUUUAGGAAAGAUUUCAAAGACCUUUCAGUGUUGAAGGCAUUCUUUCCAACUGUACCAACACUGGCUCUGACAGCGACUGCACCGCCUCAUUUAUUGAAAGACUUAAAGCAAAGUCUGCGUCUAAAAAGUGAUUGUAAAAUUGUUGCACGAAACCCUAAUCGUGUGAACAUAUACUUAGACAAGAAAGUGAGACUGAGCAAUCACUAUGGAAAUGAAAGUUAUGACCACAUCCUAGAACCCAUAGCAAAUGAACUAGCAGUUCAAAGGGAGAACUACCCAAUGACAAUCAUCUACUUAAAGCUGAAAUACUGUGGUUAUGCUUAUGGGUUAUUUGAAAGAAUAUUAAUUAAAGACAGGCAGUACGUUGGAGAUACAUCAGAACCCACUGCAAGACUGUUUGCGCAGUUUCAUGCCCCCCAAACAAGUCGCAUGAAGAAGGACAUUAUUUCUGAAAUAAAGAAAGAAAACUCAAGGGUAAGGGUGCUAUUUGCAACUUCAGCACUUGGCAUGGGAGUUGAUGCUCCUUAUGUAAUCAAUGUCAUCCACAUAUCACCACCGAGUAGCCUUGAAGCCUACAUGCAAGAGAUUGGUCGUGCUGGUCGCACAGGACUUUCCUCACGUGCCACACUUUACUACAACAACUCUGACAUUGGAAAGAAUAAAAAACAUGUGGAAGAAUCAGUGAAAUCUUACUGUAGAUCAGAGGACUCCUGUCUGAGAAAACAACUUCUUGAGUACUUUGGUUUCUCCAGUGUUCAGCAAGAUAAGUGUUGCUGCAUAUGUGAUGGGAAGAACAAACAAACAGUAGAGGAUCUACCCCAAACUGCUAGAAACAAGGUCAGAUCACUGUCUAACGAGAACCGCAUUAUACUUGAAAGAUCAAUCAAGAGUGUUAUUGCAGAGCACGAGUCCCCAGCAACAUCAGAUUGUAUCAUGCUAUUUGAAAUUUCUGUACAUAAGAAUGUUGCUGCAAAAGUCAUUGAGGGUGUGGAAUUUAUUGAAUCGGAAAGAGAUCUGUUGAUCAAUUUUGGCAUAUGGGAUGAGGCUUGUUCCUCUAAGAUCUUUUCCCUUAUAUGCGAGCACACUUCUCUGUGUACAACUCUAAUGAACUCUGAUGAUGGUAAGAACAUAUCAACAUAA